AUCACUAACUUUUAGACUUUACCCAAUGAAGUAACAGCACCGUUUCUCCAGUCUGGGGUUAAUCUGCUCUACCCACUGCAAACAUGGCAUCUUUACAAGCGAAAUGAUCUCCAAUAUAGUCGAUAAAUAUACGGUUUUAAGAGAAUGGGGAAGUCUGCCUGCAGCGAUUAGUCUGAAGCGCGCAGCCACCUGUCUGAUCUCCUCCCACACCAGCUAGGCUUUAGAGGACGGAGCGCGUUCCAGCGAGCAGUCAUCAUUAACAGGUGAUCUGAAGACUCCUCCAUGAUCAUGGCGAGGAAUGGAUAUUGUUUAGCCACAUUUCUGAGGGCCAUGUGCAUUCAGAGGAAGAAAGUUUUGGUGGCCUUUGUGAUGUCAUUAAUAUUUGGAGCCGUUAUUUACUCGAGGUCAAGCUCCUCAAAUGUCGUUAAUGUUCAACAAAGACUGGACUCCAGCAUAGAAAAGCUCCUUCAGAGUGAUGCUCAACACUUGGAGGCUAACCUUGACAUACACUUUCCCCAUACGCACAUCACAGCAGGAAAUGGAUGCAUGUGUGAAGGAGAUACGCACAGCAGAAAUGUGCCAUUCUCCAACCUGCUCUUUCCUCAGGUAUCUACUCAGGAUCUACAGUUUGCAUUUGAAGCCUCUAAGCUCGAGGGCAUAAAGCAGCGGAGGCAGGUGGAGUACAGCAAGUUCCGCAAGAGGUCUCAAUCAGCAGCAAACUUGCUUAUAGUUGCAGAAGCCAACAGCCCUCUUCAGUACCCCACUCAGGGUUUGGAGGUCCGACCCAAGAAGUCCAUAUUGAUCCCUGGGUUGGCUCUGAAAGACGUGUCUAGAAGCCUUUAUUCGGUCAGUUUAACUGCCAGUAUGGGGAACUUUGAUCUAGCAACUGUGGUUGAUGAGGUCAGAAUGAGUGCAGACAAGAUGCACAUGAACCUCUCCAGCAACCUGCAGUCAGCGCUCAACAGACAGCUGCGCUUUAUUACUUACACCAACACAAUUUUCCACCCCGAUGCUACAGACAUAGUGCAUUUUGGCACAGAUGGAUUCCAGGCAGCCUUCACUAUUAAAAUCCACCAUAAAGUCCCUCCCAAACUUUAUGAUCCUGGACCUGGUAAAGAAUAUAACAUAAGCACCCUUGUCACCAUUGCUACGAAAACAUUCCUGCGUUACGACAAGCUUCAAGAUUUGAUUGACAGCGUUCGGCAAUUCUACCCCACCAUCACUAUAAUUAUAGCUGAUGAUAGCGAGCAUCCUAUGCCUGUAACUGGCCCCUACAUAGAGCAUUACAUCAUGCCAUUCAGAAAGGGCUGGUUUGCUGGACGUAAUCUUGCCAUCUCUCAAGUGACCACAAAGUACGUGCUGUGGGUGGACGACGACUUCAUCUUCAGCUCCAACACACGACUGGAGAAGAUGUUGGAGGUUUUAGAGAGCACCACCUUAGACUUGGUAGGAGGGGCAGUGCGGGAGAUAACCGGCUACACCGCCACAUAUCGGCACACCAUCUCAUCAGAAGAAGGCGGAGAAGAGGGCGAUUGUUUACAUAUAAGGAGAGGCUUCCAUCACAUUAUAGAGGGAUUCCCUAAUUGUGUGGUCACAGAUGCAGUCAUUAACUUCUUUAUGGCUCGAACUGACAAGAUGCGGCAAGUGGGUUUUGACCCUCGUCUGUCACGGGCUGCCCACCUAGAAUUUUUCAUCGAUGGCCUUGGCUCUCUCCAUGUGGGUUCCUGUGACGAUGUCAUAGUCAAUCAUGCAUCGAAGAUCAAGGCGAUGUUGCCGUGGGGACAGUCAAAGACUGAUGAAGCAUAUUCCAAGUUCCGCUAUGAGGCGGCCUCCGACAUCCAAAACACUCUGUUUUACUUUAAGAACCACUUCAAAUGCAAAACCAGCGAUGGCUGAUCAUAAACUCUUUAAGAGCUUCUCAGUAUUUGCUCUAUGUGUUUUAUCAGACUGCCUGAAGACAGACCAGACAGUGGAGGCUGCAUUUGUGUGCCUAGAGAAUUCUGCACUGUUUACUCCUGAACUGUAAAAUAAGCAUUAACCUGGACCUUAGUAAAAGACCAGAGAUGUUAGCAUUGGGGGUAAACAUAUUUAUUUCUUUGCUGUGGAGUGACUUUAUAAUAAAAUUUGCAGUUUGCGCACAUUUUUGCUUCUACUUCUAUUUUUUAUUAACUUUUUCCUAUUGUUAUUUUUCCUUUUGAUGUGGCAAUGUUCGAUAUUUCCCACAAGAUGGCAGUAGACCAUCAGUAUAUAUGUAUAAUUGUCCUCUGUUUAUGUGUAACUAAAGUAAAUGGGAAAAAAAAUUCUGUUGAUUAUUUUCUAAAUUAGCAGUGAAUGUGAGUCAACUUCUUCGAAUUGAACAUGUUAUGCAGGUCCUGUUACACAGAUGAUGUGCAAAUAAAAGAGAACAUAAAACCUUUAA